GGGGAAGGUGGCAGGGCGGCUCCCUCUCCUCCCCGGCCGCCUCGCCAGGCCUCGUCCCUUCCCGGGCUUCCCCUCCUCAGCCACUCCCCUGGGAGGCACUGCUGGGGCCCGGGAACCCUCCCUGCCCGCAGGGUCAGGGCCCCUUUCUUCUCCUGCCACAGCCCCGCCGUGUCCCUGCCUCUCCCCUGAGACCUGUCCGCCUCCUGAGGCGGGGAUGGCCCAGCAGCGACAGGAGAUGGGACCUGUCCCCAUGCCUGAAGGACAGCGGGCACCCGUUUUGCCACAGAGACUUACAUCUACCACAGAGGUUGCUGCUCAGCAUCCUGGACAUGUCCCCUGCCGAACCAGAUGCUCCAGAUGCCUUGCAGAGGAUUGGGAUUACCUGAAGGGAGAUGUAGAAUUUGUCCACAAGCACGAAAUAGACAGACGGUUGGAAAAGAAGCUGAAGAUCACGCAGAAGGAAAGAGCCGGGUCUUCCAGACUGGAUGUAGCUACAGCUAUGGGGAAGCCAUUUAAGAAAAAGACACUCAAAGGAAGAAAUGGUAGAAAGUCAAAAUCUCCUCCUAAAGUGCCGAUCGUGAUUCAGGACGACAGCCUUCCUGCAGGUCCUCCCCCACAGAUCCGCAUCUUGAAGAGGCCGACGACGAACGGUGUGCUUAGCAAUCCCAACUCGGCCAGCAGACCGGCCUUCCCCGUGAAAUCCUUGGCACAGAGGGAGGCGGAAUACGCGGAAGCCAGGAAACGAAUAUUGGGCAGUGCGAGCCCUGAAGAGGAGCAAGAGAAACCUGUUCUAGAUAGGCCGCCAAGGAUCUCGCAGCCAGAAGACACCAGACAGCCCAAUAAUGUGAUUAGGCAGCCCCUGGGUCCCGAUGGCUCACAAGGCUUCAAACAGCGCAGAUAAAUGCGGGCGAGAGAUGCUGCUGCGGAAGGCAGGGUCCGCCGCCACGGGUCGCACUGCCGUGACGGACAAACGGACUUGAGCAAAGGGAACUACCUGGUUUAUUUGCACUGUGAUCCCCUUUGCUCUGCCCACUGUGACCUUCAACCCCACGCACUGUGACCUCCCCUCUCCACCCACUGUGACCGGCAAACUGAGAAGGGCUGUCCCCAAGUCGCUGUCAAAGGAAAGGGGACAACGAGGUGGGGAGGGGUAUAAAGGACUCGGACGGGUGCAGGGAGUCGUGUGUGUGCCACUUGGGUUGAAGCUAGCGCCAGCAAUAACGUUUGUUGUACUCAUAACCUGGCAUUUAAGGAAAAAAAAAAAAAAUGGGAAGCCUCCCCAGACACGCAUGUUGUCCUCAUCACUUUAAGAGCAAGUUCUGUUUCAAAGGAUCUCUUAUUUUAUUUUUUCUUGUUUGUUUUCUGUAUAUCAGAUCAAUGGAGUGCAUGGGAAGGGGUUUAACUGUUUGUUUUAAUUGAGAGAGGUAGUUAUGUGUUUGAAAAGGAGUUUCAAUGAAUUUCUGCAACUUUCAAUGGCUCGGGUUUGGCAAACUCUUGCUUCUCGUUCUCUAUUUCUAUCGCUGCCAAGCACGUGGAAGCGGACUCCCGGAUACCUGGCCUUUCCGAUUGCCUUGGGAGCUGGUGGAGUCUGACGACCUAGUUUACGUUUUGCACCUGUUAAAGCUUGGCUACUGUUUUCUCCUGGCUUUGAGGAAAAGCUUAAAAUACAUCUUUUUUUUUGUUU